GCACAAAAGGAUCUCCAGGAAUAAGGAAAGCAAACCCACGCGUUGCAUGUGUGUAAGAUUUAGUCUAGACGUUUGUUCCUGGAUCCGCGCCAUUCGGACCCUCUGCAAUAUUUCACCUGCCCUUCGGGCUAACAAAUGCCCCCAAAGCUUCCAAAAGGGGCCAAACUAGGUUAAACCCAACAACGAGAGAGAAAAGAGGAAAAACGGCAAAGCCGAAUAUUUCAUCGUGGAAACGCGUCCAGGAAUCAAGAUGACCGACAUCACGGUGAUAGAGUCCACGGAUGGAGGGUUUGACAACGUCAACCCUGCCUCCAGUAACAACGUCUCCGACAGGGCGUCCACCGGGACGUCCGGGAACAAGUCUCGGUCGUGGGCGAGCAUCGUCCGGAGGAAGUUCACCGUGUCGCUCGGUUCCCCCCGCCUCGAGACCGUCUACCGGGGCUACUUCCGUAGACAGAAGCGAGGAUGUCUCCUCUGCGUGUUGUUAAUCGCCGUCUUGUACGAACUAAGAAUUCUUGUAAUGGACUGUGUGUCGUUCUCCAUGGAUAGACUGCCGACUAUCGUGCUGUCGGCGCUGCUGUUAUGUGUUCACGCCGCGUUCUUCGCGCUGUGUAAGGCCGGCAAGUGUUCGAAAAAGUUGGAGGAGAGGGUCCUGCCGUACCUGGUGUGGGCGCUGCUGACGGCACAGGCGCUGACCUACAGCGGGCUGCAGGGACAGAGACUGACGCCGACUCACUCGCUCGAGUGGCAGCUGUUCCUCGUGUUCGUGGUGCUGUCCUGUCUGCCGCUGAGCCUGCUGACCCUGCUGUUACUCACGGGUGCCACAGCCGUGGGUCACGCCGUUCUGUGCGGGGUCAUGGCGCAGGCGCAGACAGAGUAUCUCGGGCUACAGCUCAUAAGCAACGGCCUUCUCUACGCAUGCGCCGUGACAUUGGGUGUGGUCUUCUACCUGUUGGUGGACCGGAAGUACCGGAAAUCGUUCCUGGACACAAGGUCAUCUCUGGAGGUCAAAGUUCAUCUCCAGGAACAGACGCAGCAUCAGGAGCAGCUGCUGAUGUCGAUUUUGCCGCGUCACGUGGCGGAGGACAUGCGCAGAGGCAUGAGCAGGAAGGACACCGAGGACAGGCAGUUCCAGCAGAUGUACAUCAAACGUCACGAAAACGUCAGUAUCCUGUUCGCGGACAUAGUGGGCUUCACGGCCAUCUCCACCACCGUCUCUGCUCAGGAACUCGUCAAGAUCCUCAACGAGCUGUUCGCAAGCUUCGACAAACUCGCCGACAUUAACAACCAGCUGCGUAUAAAGAUCCUGGGGGACUGCUACUACUGCAUCUGCGGUGUCCCUGUACCGAGAAAGGACCACGCAGUCUGUAGCAUCAACAUGGGGCUCGAUAUGGUGGACGCCAUAGCGCAAGUGCGAGAGAAAACGAGAUCUCCGGUGGACAUGCGCGUUGGGAUCCACACGGGCGCGGUUUUGGCGGGAGUUCUGGGGCAGAAGCGGUGGCAGUUCGACGUCUGGUCCACUGACGUCACACUGGCCAAUCAGAUGGAGUCUGGGGGGAUGCCUGGGAGAGUUCACAUCUCCAAGGCGACUCACGACUGUCUGAACGGGGAGUUUGAAGUUGAGCAGGGGAACGGGGCUUCACGGAACGACUACCUCAAGUCACGUGGUAUCAAAACAUUCCUCAUCAAACGGAGAACAGAGAAAAGGGACGACGGGAAGAAACCAACAGCAAGGCUGUGCUUCCAGCGCCUGGCCAUCCGGGCACUCAGAAACGAGCAGGAGAUCAACAACCUGGUCAGAAAAACUCUGGAGGAGCAGGACUAUAAAGCGAUCGACGGGAAGGUCAACCCCGUGACCUUGAGAUUCAAGGACGCCGAGCUGGAGAGAAAGUUCGGGAAGGAGCGAGAGAAGCAGUGCGCGGUCUGCCUGGUCGCCUUCGCCGUCAUCCUGGUGUUCUGCUUCCUGGUCCAGAUCACAGUAAUUGCUCGAACCAUUAUGGCUGCUGUCGCCUUCGUCAUCUGCCUGGUGGGAAUCGUUUCCAUGGUGAUCGUGACGUCAGCCACCAUUUUCCACAUGAACUUCCCAGUGAUGUUAGUGAGAGUGUCCACCUGGCUAGACGGAAACAGGUACAUACGGAACACCUGGACACUGGUAGCUCUUAUCAUGGUGAUCGCAGGAAUUCUCAUCAACACGCUGUCUUGUGACGUGACGGGGCCCGUCCUCUCCUCCCCACCCCUUGACAGACUGGACCUCAGCUGUCCCUACACACAGUACUUCGUCUUCGCAAUAGUCCUGGUGCUUUCUGGACUCACUAUGCAGAUGCACAUCAGUCACGUGACCAAGUUUCUGACAAUGUGCGUCAUCACCACUGUCACGUGCCUUGUCGCUUUCGUUCUGGAAAAUGGCGGACUUGUUGGAACAUCCAGAACUGUCAAUCAGAACGUCACGGGAAACUCAACGGACAUCCCGGACCCCGUCCCUCCUGCCGCCCAGCUCUGCGUCAGUCUGUCAGUCAUCACCAUCUGUCUCCUACUCAUCUGCAGACAGAUGGAAAGUGCGACACGGCUUCUCUUCCUGUGGAAGAUGGAGACCACGAAGCAACGUGAAGAAGUCGGGCAGAUCAGGAAACAAAACGAGGACCUGGUGAACAACAUUCUUCCUCCUCACGUGUCCACACACUUCAUCGGGGUCAAGCGGAAAGACGAGGAGCUGUACAGCCAGUCCUAUGAAGAGGUCGGUGUCCUGUUCGCCUCCAUCCCGAAUUUCUCCGACUUCUACACGGAGGAGAGCGUCAACAACUCCGGCAUAGAAUGUCUGAGAUUCCUCAACGAGAUCAUCUACGACUUUGACGCGCUCCUGAGCAAACCGAAGUUCCGCAGCAUCACCAAGAUCAAGACCAUCGGCAGCUGUUACAUGGCCGCCUCGGGACUCAACCCUGACGACAACAUGGCGCAUAGCCCUGAUCGACUGGUAAGAUUGCAGCACCUAGCGGAUCUGGCCGACUUUGCACUCGCUCUGAAGGAGGCCCUCAUGAACAUCAACUACCAGUCAUUCAACAACUUCCUAUUGAGAAUAGGAAUCCACCAGGGGUCUGUAGUAGCAGGGGUCAUCGGCGCCAGGAAGCCUCACUAUGACAUCUGGGGGAACACGGUCAACGUGGCUAGUCGGAUGGAGAGUACUGGACAGCCUGGUCAGAUACAGGUUGUUGAAGAAACGAGCCACCUUCUCAAGGAGUUCGGAUUCAAAUUGGAACAGCGAGGGGUCGUCAAGGUCAAGGGCAAAGGUGAACUCAUGACGUACUUCCUGAAAGGACGGGAGAAACCGGAAGUCAGCAACAUCAGUCUUCCCAACGUCGUUGGUUGACACGUCAUCGCAAAUAGUACUAGUGCCACGCGCCGUGAUUGGUCGAAUGUGAACAUGGAUGGCCAAGCUCUGACCAAUAGAAAAUGUGCAGAUCUAUUUAUUUACAUGUAUAUGACGUCAUUAUUGUAGGCACGUGACCUGAGCAGCAGGCAGAACGUAGUGCGUCUGCGCAAAACUCGGAGUGUUCCAAGGUUUUCGUUCCAAAGUUUGGCC